AUGGCUAACAACAACAACAUCCCAAACCCUGAUCCCUUCCUCCUGGAACAGCUGAUCGAAGAUUCCACCCGCGAGGUGACGAAUCGUCGUCGGCAGGAAGGACCACAACAUGCUCUUGCCGGACAGAGAAGGCUGAGACAUGAGACCUCGCAACCCCGGAGGCAACAGAUUCAGAACAUCCAACAUGUGCACAGCUUUCAGCAAGUUCAGAAUGUCGAACAAGUUCCUCCCGAGGGACACGUUCAGAACGGGGAAGACGAGCAGACUCGACCCCAGACUGAACCUGAUCGACCCCAGAACGAGAACGAGACCGACGCCAGAGAUGGACAUGCUGCCUCCUCAUUCACCCACACCUCUGAGAGGCGAAGAGUUCAUAACCACGACGAGGAAGAGCAGAUCAACAUCCCCGAGGGCGUUGAUCCUACAGCCAUCCUCCUACUCAAAGAGCUGCAGAGAACUAAACGUCUCAUCCGCCAACAGGGCGACCGCAUCCACGCGCUGGAAAGGAAGCGACGAUAUCGUUCCCCUCCGCGGAGACGCCAUCGGUCACGUUCCUAUUCCUCUUCGCGCUCGCCUCCAAGGAGAUAUCGCAAGCGCUCUCCGUCCUCGUCUCGUUCCCCGCCUAAGAGGAACCGUCGCCAGAGGUCUUAUUCCCGCUCUCCACCUCGAAAGAGUCAGAAAAAUCAUAAGCCUGAAACCACUGAAGCCAGGAGCCUCUCACCCGUGCAGGAACACCGAGGCCCCUCCAAAGCUGUGUUGAAACCCCGCGAGCAUUCUCCUCCAAAAGACAACCGCAGAAUCUCGGGCAAAACACACACAAAAUCCAAGCGGGGCAGACAUUCAAACUCCCCCGGACCUAGCGACGAAGAAGAUUUCCGCAGUCCUUUGUCCGAGCACAUCCGGCGAGUUCGUCUUCCCAAGGUCGAGGUUUGCUACGAACGAACUCGUAGCCAAACCGUAGCAAAAUGUGCAGGUUUUGUCUGGCGUAAUGGAGAAGACGGUGAGGUGUCACCAUACCAGUGGGCCGUAUGA